AUGAUGAAGCUGGUGGUGUUGUCUUGCCUAAUGGCCGCCGCGUCUGCGGGUAUCAUCGCGCCUCUCGCUUACACCGCACCGUUCGCCUACAGCGCAGCCCUCCUGGGGCCCUCCAACUACCGCGGACCGCUGUCCCUGGCCCCAGGUCAGCCCGCCAAUAUCCUCGCUGCCGACGGCCGCCCACUCGACACCCUGGACGUCAAUUUGGACCGCUCCGCUCACUACACCGCCAAGGCCUUGAACAACGGCAUCCAUCUCCUGAAGAAGCGCUCCGUCGUCGCUCCUGUCGUGGCCACCCCUAUCGCCUCUCCACUGAUCACUCACGCCGUGCCCCUCACCUACGCUGCACCAAUCGCCGCAACUGCCCGUCUUGCACCUCUUGUCUACGGUCACUCUGCAAUCACACACGUGUUU